UCCUAAUGCAGGCAACCAUCCAAUCAGAAGGCUAUCUCUUUCCUGAUACCUGAUGCCAGCUUCCCUAGUAAUGUAGGCCACUGAAGCAAAUCCAGAGACUGAGUUAGAAGACAAAAUAGCAUCCAAGAUUUGUUUGGUCACUGCUCUACCCUUUCCUUCUUCACUGCCAGGAACAGGAGAGAAUAUCAGCAUGGUUUUCAGUUUAGGCAUCCCAAGCUAGGCCUAGUAUCAGUGGGGGAAAUAGAGGAAGGUGACAGUAUUAAAAAUAAUCCAAAAGAAGACCACAAACGGAAGAGGAAGAACAAAGAACAAAUCCACACAUCCAUGAAAGUAUGCGUUGGCUUCUGGACAGUAGUAGCUGGAAGAAAUUUGGACACGCUGACAGGGGAAACUAUGACUGGUUAACCAGCGAACCAGGUGUGCCAUUGGUGGAAACAGAGCUACAGAGUCAGCAUAAAGCAAGUUCAACCAAAGAAGACAUAGAGCCAUUCCUAUGCAUCAUAUUACCAGCUACCGUGAUGCUCUUCCUGGCAUUCCUGUUGCUCUUCCUCUACAGACGUUGCCAGAGUCACAGUCCUCAGGCUCAGAUCUUCAGCAUUGACUUGCCAGAGUCCCUUCCGGAACAUGAAGUAACAGAUUUUCUCUCUGUGCUGCCUUGGAACCAUGAGCAGAGAUUCCAAUACUCCACCCUCCUGCCUGAAACUGCCUUUCUCGCUGUAUGCCUGCCUCCGUCAUAUGAGGAAGCCACCAUGAAGGCGUCCAUGGAAGAGGACCAUGUUCAGCAAUUUCAGGAGCCAGUGCCUCCUUAUGAAGAGACCAAACAACAAUAAGCACACAGAAAUCCU